UAACAAUGCAGUCAGAUAAACAGUUGUGGCAGCUGCUGCCAUGGCAACGUCACCGUCCUUACCCUCCCAGCGCGCGCCCCUUCCCCACCCCUCCUCCUCCUCCUGCUUUCCGCCAGUAAGUGCAUACUCGCUAGUGGUCUGUACAGGCGGCACGGUUUGAUGGCAGAGAUAUUUUCUUUCCAAACUGUUCAAAAUGAUGAACGAAGAUGCAGCUCAGAAAAGCGACAGUGGAGAGAAGUUCAAUGGCAGUAGUCAGAGGAGAAAAAGACCCAAGAAGUCUGACAGCAAUGCAAGCUUUCUCCGUGCUGCCAGAGCAGGCAACCUGGACAAAGUUGUGGAAUAUCUGAAGGGGGGCAUAGACAUCAAUACCUGCAAUCAGAAUGGACUCAACGCUCUCCAUCUGGCUGCCAAGGAAGGCCACGUGGGGCUGGUGCAGGAACUGCUGGGAAGAGGGUCCUCUGUGGAUUCUGCCACUAAGAAGGGAAAUACUGCUCUUCACAUUGCAUCUUUGGCUGGACAAGCAGAAGUUGUCAAAGUUCUUGUUAAGGAAGGAGCCAAUAUUAAUGCACAGUCUCAGAAUGGCUUUACUCCUUUAUACAUGGCUGCCCAAGAGAAUCACAUCGAUGUUGUAAAAUAUUUGCUGGAAAAUGGAGCUAAUCAGAGCACUGCUACAGAGGAUGGCUUUACUCCUCUAGCUGUGGCGCUCCAGCAAGGACACAACCAGGCAGUGGCCAUCCUCCUGGAGAACGACACCAAAGGGAAAGUGAGGCUGCCAGCUCUGCAUAUUGCUGCUAGGAAAGACGACACCAAAUCUGCCGCACUCCUGCUUCAGAAUGACCACAAUGCUGACGUACAAUCCAAGAUGAUGGUGAAUAGGACAACUGAGAGUGGUUUUACCCCUUUGCACAUAGCUGCACACUAUGGAAAUGUCAACGUGGCAACUCUUCUUCUAAACCGGGGAGCUGCUGUGGACUUCACAGCCAGGAAUGGAAUCACUCCUCUGCAUGUGGCUUCCAAAAGGGGAAAUACAAACAUGGUGAAGCUCUUACUGGAUCGAGGCGGUCAGAUCGAUGCCAAAACUAGGGAUGGGCUAACACCACUUCACUGUGCGGCACGAAGUGGGCAUGACCAAGUGGUGGAACUUCUGUUGGAACGGGGUGCUCCCUUGCUGGCAAGGACUAAGAAUGGGUUGUCUCCACUACACAUGGCCGCCCAGGGAGACCACGUGGAAUGUGUGAAGCACCUGUUGCAGCACAAGGCGCCUGUUGAUGAUGUUACCCUAGACUACCUGACAGCCCUCCACGUUGCUGCACACUGUGGCCACUACCGUGUAACCAAACUCCUUUUGGACAAGAGAGCCAAUCCGAACGCCAGAGCCCUGAAUGGUUUUACUCCACUGCACAUUGCCUGCAAGAAAAACCGCAUCAAAGUCAUGGAACUGCUGGUGAAAUAUGGGGCUUCAAUCCAAGCUAUAACAGAGUCUGGCCUCACACCAAUACAUGUGGCUGCCUUCAUGGGCCACUUGAACAUUGUCCUCCUUCUGCUGCAGAACGGAGCCUCUCCAGAUGUCACUAACAUUCGUGGCGAGACAGCACUACACAUGGCAGCCCGAGCCGGGCAGGUGGAAGUGGUCCGAUGCCUCCUGAGAAAUGGUGCCCUUGUUGAUGCCAGAGCCAGGGAGGAACAGACACCUUUGCAUAUUGCCUCCCGCCUCGGUAAGACAGAAAUUGUCCAACUGCUUCUGCAACAUAUGGCCCAUCCAGAUGCAGCCACUACAAAUGGGUACACACCACUGCACAUCUCUGCCCGGGAGGGCCAGGUGGAUGUGGCAUCAGUCCUGUUGGAAGCAGGAGCAGCCCACUCCUUAGCUACCAAGAAGGGUUUUACUCCUCUGCAUGUAGCAGCCAAGUAUGGAAGUCUGGAUGUGGCAAAACUUCUCUUGCAACGCCGCGCUGCCGCAGAUUCUGCAGGGAAGAAUGGCCUUACCCCGCUCCAUGUUGCUGCUCAUUAUGACAACCAGAAGGUGGCGCUGCUGUUACUGGAGAAGGGUGCUUCCCCUCAUGCCACUGCCAAGAAUGGCUAUACUCCGUUACAUAUUGCUGCCAAGAAGAAUCAAAUGCAGAUAGCUUCCACACUCCUAAACUAUGGAGCAGAGACAAACAUUGUGACAAAGCAAGGAGUAACGCCACUCCAUCUGGCCUCGCAGGAGGGGCACACAGACAUGGUUACCUUGCUUCUGGAUAAGGGAGCCAAUAUCCAUAUGUCAACCAAGAGUGGACUCACAUCCUUACACCUUGCAGCCCAGGAAGAUAAAGUGAAUGUUGCUGAUAUUCUUACGAAGCAUGGAGCUGAUCAGGAUGCUCAUACAAAGCUUGGUUACACACCUUUAAUCGUGGCCUGUCACUACGGAAAUGUGAAAAUGGUCAACUUUCUUCUGAAACAGGGAGCAAAUGUUAAUGCAAAAACCAAGAACGGCUACACGCCUUUGCACCAGGCCGCGCAGCAGGGCCACACGCACAUCAUCAACGUCCUGCUCCAGCAUGGGGCCAAGCCCAACGCCACCACCGCGAAUGGCAACACUGCCUUGGCGAUUGCUAAGCGUCUGGGCUACAUCUCCGUGGUCGACACCCUGAAGGUUGUGACUGAGGAGGUCACCACCACCACCACAACUAUUACAGAAAAACACAAACUAAAUGUUCCUGAGACGAUGACUGAGGUUCUCGAUGUUUCUGAUGAAGAGGGUGAUGACACAAUGACAGGUGAUGGGGGAGAAUACCUUAGGCCUGAGGACCUAAAAGAACUGGGUGAUGACUCACUACCCAGCAGUCAGUUCCUGGAUGGUAUGAAUUACCUGCGAUACAGCUUGGAGGGAGGACGAUCUGACAGCCUUCGAUCCUUCAGUUCCGACAGGUCUCACACUCUGAGCCAUGCCUCCUACCUGAGGGACAGUGCUGUGAUGGACGACUCAGUUGUGAUUCCCAGCCACCAGGUGUCAGCUCUAGCCAAGGAGGCAGAAAGGAAUUCUUAUCGCCUAAGCUGGGGCACUGAGAACUUAGACAACGUGGCUCUUUCUUCUAGUCCUAUUCAUUCAGGUUUCCUGGUUAGUUUUAUGGUGGAUGCCCGAGGUGGUGCUAUGCGAGGAUGCAGGCACAAUGGGCUCCGAAUCAUUAUUCCACCUCGGAAAUGUACUGCUCCAACACGAGUCACCUGCCGACUGGUCAAACGCCAUAGACUGGCAACAAUGCCUCCAAUGGUGGAAGGGGAAGGCCUGGCCAGUCGCCUGAUCGAAGUUGGACCUUCUGGUGCUCAGUUCCUUGGUAAACUUCACCUGCCAACGGCUCCUCCCCCACUUAAUGAGGGAGAAAGUUUGGUCAGCCGCAUUCUUCAGCUGGGGCCUCCUGGAACCAAAUUCCUUGGGCCUGUGAUCGUGGAGAUCCCUCACUUUGCGGCCCUUCGCGGAAAGGAAAGGGAACUGGUGGUUCUGCGCAGUGAGAAUGGGGACAGCUGGAAAGAGCAUUUCUGUGACUACACUGAAGAUGAAUUGAAUGAAAUUCUUAAUGGCAUGGAUGAAGUACUAGAUAGCCCAGAAGACCUAGAAAAGAAACGAAUCUGCCGCAUCAUCACGCGAGACUUCCCACAGUACUUUGCAGUGGUGUCGCGUAUCAAACAGGACAGCAACCUGAUUGGCCCAGAGGGAGGUGUGCUGAGCAGCACAGUGGUGCCCCAGGUGCAGGCCGUCUUCCCAGAGGGGGCACUCACCAAGCGGAUCCGCGUCGGCCUGCAGGCUCAACCUAUGCACAGUGAGCUGGUUAAGAAGAUCCUAGGCAACAAAGCUACCUUCAGCCCCAUAGUCACUUUGGAACCUAGAAGAAGAAAAUUCCACAAACCAAUUACCAUGACCAUUCCUGUCCCCAAAGCUUCAAGUGAUGUCAUGUUGAAUGGAUUUGGGGGAGAUGCACCAACCUUAAGAUUACUAUGCAGCAUAACAGGUGGAACCACCCCUGCUCAAUGGGAGGAUAUUACAGGAACUACGCCAUUAACAUUUGUCAAUGAAUGUGUUUCCUUUACAACGAACGUGUCUGCCAGGUUCUGGCUGAUAGACUGUCGACAGAUCCAGGAAUCUGUUACUUUUGCAUCACAAGUAUAUAGAGAAAUUAUCUGCGUACCUUAUAUGGCCAAAUUUGUAGUGUUUGCCAAGUCACAUGACCCCAUCGAAGCCAGGUUGAGAUGUUUCUGCAUGACUGAUGAUAAAGUGGAUAAGACCCUUGAACAACAAGAAAAUUUUGCUGAGGUGGCCAGGAGCAGGGAUGUGGAGGUAUUAGAAGGAAAACCCAUCUAUGUUGAUUGUUUUGGCAACCUGGUACCAUUAACUAAAAGUGGCCAGCAUCAUAUAUUCAGUUUUUUUGCCUUCAAAGAAAAUAGACUUCCUCUAUUUGUCAAGGUACGCGAUACAACUCAGGAACCUUGCGGACGACUAUCAUUUAUGAAGGAGCCAAAAUCCACAAGAGGCCUGGUGCAUCAGGCUAUUUGCAACUUAAAUAUCACCUUGCCGAUUUAUACAAAGGAAUCAGAGUCAGAUCAAGAACAGGAGGAAGAGAUCGAUAUGACAUCAGAAAAAAAUGAUGAGACAGAAUCUACAGAAACAUCUGUCCUGAAAAGUCACCUGGUUAAUGAAGUUCCUGUCCUAGCAAGUCCGGACUUGCUCUCUGAAGUUUCUGAGAUGAAACAAGAUUUGAUCAAAAUGACCGCCAUCUUGACCACAGAUGUGUCUGAUAAGGCAGGUUCUAUUAAAGUGAAGGAGCUGGUGAAGGCUGCUGAGGAAGAGCCAGGAGAGCCUUUUGAAAUCGUUGAAAGAGUUAAAGAGGACUUAGAGAAAGUGAAUGAAAUCCUGAGAAGUGGAACCUGCACCAGAGAUGAAGGCAGUGUGCAGCGCUCUCGGUCUGAGAAAGGAUUAGUGGAAGAGGAAUGGGUUAUUGUCAGUGAUGAGGAAAUAGAAGAGGCUAAGCAAAAAGCACCUUUAGAAAUCACUGAAUAUCCAUGUGUAGAAGUUAGAGUAGAUAAAGAGAUCAAAGGAAAAGUAGAGAAAGACUCAACUGGGCUAGUGAACUACCUUACUGACGAACUGAAUUCCUAUGUGCCUCCUCCCAAAGAGCAGCCACAGACAGUUCAAGAUAAGGCAGGGAAGAAAAGUGAGGCUCUGUCUGUUGGCAGGAGCUCUGAAAAGGAAGGGAAAGACAAACCCCCAGAUGAGACACAGAGUACACAGAAACACAAACCAAGCUUGGGAAUAAAGAAGCCAGUGAGAAGGAAAUUAAAAGAAAAGCAGAAACAAAAAGAGGAAGGUUUACAAGCUAGUGCAGAGAAAGCUGAACUUAAAAAAGGUAGUUCAGAAGAGUCAUUAGAUGAAGACCCAGGUUUAGCCCCUGAACCUCUUCCCACUGCCAAGGCCACAUCUCCUUUGAUAGAAGAAACUCCCAUUGGUUCUAUAAAGGACAAAGUAAAGGCCCUUCAGAAGCGAGUGGAAGAUGAACAGAAAGGUCGAAGCAAGUUGCCCAUCAGAGUCAAAGGCAAGGAGGACGUGCCAAAAAAAAACACCCACAGGACACAUCCAGCUGCGUCACCCUCUCUGAAGUCAGAGAGACAUGCACCAGGGUCUCCGUCCUCUAAAACAGAAAGACACUCUGCUCUUUCCUCUUCUGCAAAAACUGAAAGGCACCCUCCAGUAUCACCAUCAAGUAAAACUGAGAAACACUCACCUGUGUCACCCUCUGCAAAAACGGAAAGACAUUCACCUGUGUCAUCAUCGAGUAAAGCUGAGAAACACUCACCUGUAUCACCCUCGACAAAAACGGAAAGGCACUCCCCUGUGUCAUCUACAAAAACAGAAAGACACCCGCCUAUUUCACCUUCAGGCAAAGCAGACAAACGUCCACCUGUAUCACCUUCUGGGAGAACAGAAAAACACCCACCAGUAUCCCCUGGGAGAACAGAAAAACGCUUGCCUGUUUCGCCCUCCGGAAGAACAGACAAGCACCCACCUGUAUCAACCGCUGGGAAAACCGAGAAGCACCUGCCUGUGUCACCUUCUGGCAAAACAGAAAAGCAACCACCUGUAUCCCCCACUUCAAAAACAGAGAGGAUCGAGGAAACCAUGUCUGUUCGGGAGUUGAUGAAGGCUUUUCAGUCAGGCCAGGACCCUUCUAAACAUAAAACUGGACUCUUUGAGCACAAAUCAGCAAAACAAAAGCAGCCACAAGAGAAAGGUAAAGUUCGGGUAGAAAAAGAAAAGGGGCCAAUAUUAACCCAGAGAGAAACUCAGAAAACAGAGAAUCAGACCAUCAAACGAGGUCAGAGACACCCAGUAACGGGCGUGACAGAAUCCAAAAGAGGAGUUCGUGCUUCCUCCAUAGGGAUUAAGAAAGAAGAUGCAGUCGCAGAAAAGGAGAAAAGUCUCAGCCACAAAAUACCUGAACCUGUUCAGUCAGCACCUGAAGAAGAAAGCCACAGAGAGAGUGAAGUCCCCAAAGAAAAGGUGGCUGAUGAGCAGGGAGAUAUGGAUCUCCAGAUCAGCCCAGAUAGGAAAACCUCCACUGACUUCUCUGCAGUCAUUAAGCAAGAGUUGGAAGACAAUGACAAAUACCAACAAUUCCGACUGAGCGAGGAGACAGAAAAGGCACAGCUUCACUUAGACCAAGUACUCACUAGUCCUUUCAACACGACAUUUCCCCUCGACUACAUGAAAGAUGAGUUCCUUCCAGCUCUGUCUUUACAGAGCGGUGCUUUAGAUGGCAGUUCUGAAAGCCUAAAGAACGAGGGGGUAGCAGGCUCUCCGUGUGGCAGCCUGAUGGAGGGGACCCCUCAGAUUAGUUCAGAAGAAAGCUAUAAGCAUGAGGGCCUAGCAGAGACCCCUGAGACAAGCCCAGAAAGUCUUUCUUUCUCACCAAAGAAAAGUGAGGAGCAAAUUGGGGAAACAAAGGAAACCACCAAGGUAGAAACCACCACAGAAAUUCAUACAGAAAAAGAACAUUCUGCAACCAAAGACAUUACUGGUGGCUCUGAAGAGCAAGGUGCCACAGUCACUGAGGGCUCAGAGACCUCUACUGAGGGUUUUCAGAAAGAGGCCACUCUAGAGUCUCCCAAAGACACAGGUCCCAAAAGAGAAGAUGAUUGCACAGACAGCUGUAGUGUAGCAUUAGCAAAAGAGACACCCACGGGACUGACUGAGGAGGCAGGCUAUGAUGAAAGUCAAAGUACCUUUGGUAGUUCAGCCCACAAGACACAAACUGAUAGUGAGGCUCAGGAAUUCACAGCCAUGUUAGAGGAGACAAAGGCCUCGCCGCUGCCUGAGGCUUCUGUAAAGACAGAUACAGAAACUGAAUCAAAGCCUCAGGGAGUCAUUAGAAGUCCCCAAGGGUUAGAACUUGCACUCCCUAGCCGAGAUAGUGAAGUCCUCAGCGCUGUGGCUGAUGACUCAUUAGCAGUGAGCCACAAAGACUCUCUGGAAGCCAGCCCUGUGCUAGAAGAUAACUCCUCACACAAAACCCCUGAUUCUCUGGAACCAAGUCCUCUGAAAGAAUCCCCUUGCCGUGACUCUCUGGAAAGCAGCCCUGUUGAACCAAAGAUGAAGGCUGGAAUUUUUCCAAGUCACUUUCCUCUUCCUGCAGCUGUUGCCAAAACAGAACUCUUGAUGGAAGUGGCCUCUGUGCGGUCCCGGCUACUCCGAGACCCUGACGGCAGUGCUGAGGAUGACAGUCUUGAGCAGACAUCGCUCAUGGAGAGCUCAGGGAAGAGCCCCCUUUCUCCUGACACCCCCAGCUCUGAGGAAGUCAGCUACGAGGUUACACCCAAAACCACAGAUGUAAGUACACCAAAACCAGCUGUGAUUCAUGAAUGUGCAGAGGAGGAUGAUUCAGAAAACGGGGAGAAAAAGAGGUUCACACCUGAAGAGGAGAUGUUUAAAAUGGUAACCAAAAUCAAAACGUUUGAUGAACUUGAACAGGAAGCAAAGCAGAAAAGGGACUACAAAAAAGAACCCAAACAAGAAGAAUCUUCUUCAUCCUCUGACCCAGAUGCUGACUGUUCAGCAGAUGUGGAUGAACCAAAACAUAUAGGCAGUGAGGAGGAUGAAAGUGGUGUCCCUGUAUUAGUAACUUCAGAGAGCAGGAAGGUGUCUUCCUCCUCGGAAAGUGAACCUGAGUUGACACAGCUAAAAAAAGGUGCUGACUCGGGUCUCUUACCAGAACCAGUGAUUCGAGUUCAACCUCCUUCUCCACUUCCAUCCAGCAUGGACUCCAAUUCUAGCCCAGAAGAAGUACAGUUCCAGCCUAUCGUUUCCAAACAAUAUACUUUCAAGAUGAGUGAAGACACUCAGGAAGAGCCAGGCAAAUCAGAAGAAGAAAAAGAUUCUGAAUCCCAUUUAGCUGAAGACAGUCAUGUAGUUUCCACUGAGGGUGCAGAUACGUCUUGUGAUAAGCUAAACAGAGACACUGAUCAGCCAAAAACCUGUGAUGGCGAUGGAUGUGAGGCCAUGAGUCCUAGCAGCUCAGUUGCUCCUGUCUCUUCAGGUCUGCAGAGUCCGACUGGUGAUGAUGUUGAUGAACAGCCAGUCAUCUAUAAAGAAUCAUUAGCUCUCCAAGGCACUCAUGAAAAAGACACAGAAGGAAAAGAGCUUGAUGUUUCUACAGCAGAAUCUUCACAAGUAGAUUGCCCCAGUGAAAGCUUUUCAUCUUCGUCCUCUUUCCCUCAUUGUUUAGUAUCUGAAGGAAAAGUAUUGGAUGAAGACAUAUCUGCCACAUCUUCUACUCAAAAAACAGAGGUCACAAAAACUGAUGAAACAUUUGAGAACUUAACAAAGGACUGCCCCACUCAAGACUCAUCCAUUACUACUCAAACAGAUAGAUUUUCUACGGAUGUUCCCAUGUCCAACCUAGCUGAGACUGAUGAAAUCUAUGAUCCCCAAAUCACUAGCCCUUAUGAAAAUGUCCCGUCCCAAUCUUUUUUCUCUAGUGAAGAAAGCAAAACCCAGACAGAUGCAGAUCACCCCACAAAUUUUCACUCUUCUGAAGUGUAUUCCGUUACCAUCACAUCCUCUGCUGAAGACGUAGUGGCAAGCUCCUCUGGUGGAACUGUUUUAAGCAAAGAAUCUAAUUUUGAGAGCCAGGGCCUAAAAAUGGAAUCCCAACAAGAAAGUACCUUGUGGGAAAUCCAAUCAGACAGUGCCUCUUCAUCUCUCGAGCCUACUAUGCCAGCUACAACAGCAGUUGUUGGUGAACAAAUAAGCAAAGUCCUCAUCACAAAAACUGAUGUGGAUUCUGAUUCCUGGAGUGAAAUUCGGGAAGACGACGAAGCCUUUGAGGCUCGUGUGAAAGAGGAAGAACAAAAGAUAUUUGGUUUGAUGGUAGACAGACAAUCACAGGGUACCACCCCUGACACCACUCCUGCUAGGACCCCAACUGAAGAGGGUACCCCAACAAGUGAGCAAAACCCAUUUCUGUUUCAGGAAGGAAAAUUGUUUGAAAUGACCCGAAGUGGUGCCAUCGAUAUGACCAAAAGGUCCUAUGCAGAUGAAAGUUUUCACUUUUUCCAAAUUGGUCAAGAAUCCAGGGAAGAGACUCCCUCUGAAGAUGUGAAAGAAGAGGCUGCGGGGGCUGAGACACUACAGCUGGAGACAUCAGUUGAGUCACUAGUGCUUUCAGAAUCAAAAGAAGCAGUGGAUGAUGAAGCUGACUUACUUCCAGAAGACCUGAGUGAGGAAGUAGAGGAAAUACCUGCUUCAGAUGCUCAACUUAACUCCCAAAUGGGGAUUUCAGCCUCCACUGAAACACUGACAAAAGAAGCUGUUAGUGUAGGGACCAAGGACCUCUCCACCAUGCAAACGGGUGAUACACCUCAUCUGCCUGAUGUAAAGCAGGUAUCCUGCCCUGACUCUUCUGAACUAGUUGUACAAGCCCAGUUAGAUUUUUCCACAGUCACCAGGUCUGUUUAUUCAGAUAAAGGUGAUGCCUCUCCUGAUUCUUCCCCAGAAGAACAGAAAUCAGUGAUUGAAAUUCCUACUGCACCCAUGGAGAAUGUGCCUUCUACUGAAAGCAAAUCCAAAAUUCCUGUAAGGACUAUGCCCACUUCCACCCCAGCACUUCCAUCUGCAGAGUAUGAGAGUUCACUCUCUGAAGAUUUUCUAUCCAGUGUAGAUGAAGAAAAUAAAGAGGAUGAAGCAAAACCAAAGUCCAAACUCCCUGUCAAAGUACCCCUCCAAAGAGUGGAACAGCAGCUCUCAGAUCUAGACACCACUGUCCAGAAGAUAGUGGCUCCUCAGGGACAGGACAUGACAAGCAUCACACCAGAUAAUAGGAGCAAAUCUGAAUCUGAUGCUAGUUCUUUGGACUCAAAGAUCAAAUGCCCAGUAAACACCAGAAGUUACACUGAGACAGAAACAGAGAGCAGAGAGAGGGCAGAGGAACUUGAGUUAGAAUCAGAAGAAGGGGCCACACGACCAAAGAUACUUGCAUCUCGAUUGCCAGUUAAGAGCAGAAGCACCACAUCUUCCUGCAGGGGGGGCAUGAGCCCCACAAAAGAAAGUAAGGAGCAUUUCUUUGACCUUUACAGAAAUUCCAUAGAAUUCUUUGAGGAGAUUAGUGAUGAGGCUUCCAAGUUAGUGGAUAGGCUGACACAGUCAGAGAGGGAGCAGGAACUAGUUUCAGACGAUGAAAGUAGUAGUGCCCUGGAAGUUUCAGUAAUUGAAAAUCUGCCACCUGUUGAGACCGAGCACUCAGUUCCUGAGGACAUCUUUGACACAAGGCCCAUUUGGGAUGAGUCUAUUGAGACUCUGAUUGAACGCAUCCCUGAUGAAAAUGGCCAUGACCAUGCUGAAGAUCCACAGGAUGAGCAGGAACGGAUCGAGGAAAGGCUGGCUUAUAUUGCUGAUCACCUUGGCUUCAGCUGGACAGAAUUAGCAAGAGAACUGGAUUUUACUGAGGAGCAAAUUCAUCAAAUUCGAAUUGAAAAUCCCAACUCUCUUCAAGACCAGAGUCAUGCACUGCUGAAGUACUGGUUAGAAAGGGAUGGGAAACAUGCUACAGAUACCAACCUCAUUGAAUGUCUCACUAAGAUCAACCGAAUGGACAUUGUUCAUCUCAUGGAGACCAACACAGAACCUCUCCAGGAACGCAUCAGUCAUAGUUAUGCAGAAAUUGAACAGACCAUUACUCUGGAUCAUAGUGAAGGGUUCUCAGUACUUCAGGAGGAGUUAUGCACUGCACAGCACAAGCAGAAAGAGGAGCAAGCUGUUUCUAAAGAAAGCGAGACCUGUGAUCACCCUCCUAUUGUCUCAGAGGAAGACAUUUCUGUUGGUUAUUCCACGUUUCAGGACGGCAUCCCCAAAACUGAGGGGGACAGCUCAGCCACAGCACUCUUUCCCGAAACUCACAAGGAGCAAGUUCAACAGGAUUUCUCAGGGAAAAUGCAAGACCUGCCUGAAGAGUCAUCUCUGGAAUAUCAGCAGGAAUAUUUUGUGACAAGUCCAGGAACAGAAGCGUCAGAGACUCAGAAGCCUACGGCAGUACCCGGCUCUCCCAGCAAGACACCUGAGGAAGUUAGCACCCCUCCUGAGGAGGAGAGGCUGUAUCUCCAGACCCCAACAUCCAGUGAGCGGGGAGGCUCUCCCAUCAUACAAGAACCUGACGAGCCCUCAGAGCACAGAGAGGAGAGUUCUCCAAGGAAAACCAGCCUCGUAAUAGUGGAGUCUGCCGAUAACCAGCUAGAGACCUGUGAAAGAGUCGAUGAAGAUGCAGCUUUUGAAAAGGAGCUAACAGAGGAAUUAGGGGAGCUGGAGGCCAGCUCAGAUGAGGAGGCGAUGGUAACUACCAGGGUUGUCCGCCGGCGAGUGAUUAUUCAGGGAGACGAUAUGCCUGAAAUACCCCCAGAAACAGUCACAGAAGAAGAAUACAUUGAUGAACACGGACACACCGUGGUAAAGAAGGUUACUAGGAAAAUCAUUAGGCGGUAUGUAUCCUCUGAAGGCACAGAGAAGGAAGAGAUUACGGUGCAGGGAAUGCCACAGGAACCUGUCAGCAUCGAGGAAGGGGAUGGCUAUUCCAAAGUUAUAAAGCGUGUUGUAUUGAAGAGUGACACCGAGCAGUCAGAGGUCACUUUGUGUGAGCCCAGCAUUUUGUCCAGUACCUCACAAUUUCAGGCUGAGCCAGUGGAAGGCCGUAGAGUCAGCAAAGUUGUUAAAACAACUGUGGUACGUGGAGAGAGGAUGGAGAAACAUCUGGGGGAUUCUAGUUUAGCCACUGAUCUUCCUUCAGCCAAAGAUGACUUUGAUGAGGCUUUGAGUUACACAGGUAGCCACAUGAAAGUCCACUUACCCAGUUUAGUAGAGAAUGAGAUCCUGAAAGAGGAUGGAUCAAUAAUUAAAAGGACAACCAUGAGUAAAGCCAGUACACAGAAGAGGGCUGUGGUGAAGGACCAGCAUGGAAAACGCAUUGACUUGGAGCACCUGGAGGAUGUACCAGAAGCACUAGACCAGGACGACCUCCAGCGCGAUCUCCAGCAGCUCCUUCGGCAUUUCUGCAAGGAGGACUUGAAGCAAGAGGCCAAAUGAGGGGCUGCCCAGUUCUCACACCAGAAACCACACAUUCACUCAAUAUGCAGCUUCCUGUUUCAGUAGAGGAGUGACCUAACUGGCCUAAUUAAUGGGAUACCCCGACAUUUCCACUGUUAGCAAAUAUAUGGCAUUUUGUUUUAGUUUUCCCCCAUCCUCUUUAACUAUAAAGCUAAUUUGUGACCAAAGAUGGCAUCCUUCAUACUGGAUGCUGUAUCCACUACUUCGUUGUGUCUGUGCUAACCUGGGAACUGGCCACCUCCAUUGUUCUUUGCUUCUGCACAAGAUCCAUGAAAAUCCAUUGAUCAGAAGAACUUCACCUGCAGACCUCUUCAAGUGACAUUAUGUAAGAAUCCUUCCAAGGGAUAUCUAUGUACAAUGUAUAUAGCUGAAAUGCUCAGAUGAACAACACAUUAAAAUUAAAACCACUGCCUAUUAUAACUACACUGGGCAUCAGAAUAAAAGGCCUCUAGAAAUUGCUGAACAAUGGUUAAUUAAGAUAUUGCUAACACAAUCGAGUGAUAAUACAGUUUUACUGCAAAAGAAGCACUUCAGACCUAAUCAUGUCCUUAGAACUUCCAGAGUAGCCGCUGCUCCCAGCCAAAGGUGGGUUAAUAGCCUUGAAGAACUGUCCUGAGAAGUUACUGCUGGUGCUGGCUAGCCAUGACUUAGGACUCUCUAAAAGCCACUCUGAGGCAGGGGAGAAGGGAGCAGAGGGCACACAGAAUGAAACGAUGGGGUAUUCAGUUGCUAGCAGCCACAUUGUGUGGCAUUCUAGCAUCUUCAGGUCUUUAGAUUUUGGAAAAGUUGGCAGGGUAUUUUAAAAGCUAUAACUACUGUAGUUUUCCAGUUUUCAUUGCUGCUUUAGCAAACCACGCUGUCUUACUGGUGGUACUUACUUCUGGCCACUGCACUGUAGAUAAUUCAUUGGAAACAAGAUUUACCCACUACAUAAAAGGUUAAACUCCUUCAGUAUGUUGGAGUGGUGUCUUUUUCUUUUUCUUUUUUUCAGGUUGAUAUCUUCUCUAAUACCUGCAUGUGGCAUUUAAAAAUCAAAACCACGGUCUAUCCCCUCUUCUAAUCACGUUAAUGGUUUCCAUUCUUUUUACCCUGAGUGAGCACUUUUCACUUUCCAGCUAGGUCUGUUUUUCAGCUUGCAGAAGAGAUUGAGAAAUCCUUGAAAAAUUGGUUUUGGUUAAAAUUUUUGGUUUAUUUAUUUGAAAUCCACACUCCCUUGGAAACUCUUAAGUGCAUUUGUGCACUUCUGUUUGUUUGUCUCAAAUAAGGGACUAUAACAGUCUGAGUAAUUUCCAUGUCCUCUUCCUUAUUCCUCUAGUGGUUGAAGUUGUGUAGCAUUUUAACAUAUAUAUAUUCACAAAUAUAUUCAUAUAAACAGUAUACAUUUUGAAUCAGUCAUUUGUUAAAGAAAAGUAUAUUCAAUGAAGAUGAAAUUUAAAUAAAAAAGGACAGAGUCUAUCCUCCAGGGAUUGAACAUUUUCCAAUUAUCUGGUCUUUUCCUGUUGUGCAAAAAUGACUCAUUGCUCUGAAUGUCAAAAACAAAUGCGACAAACAAUGGCACUUCAUCAUUUAAAGUAAUGUUGCCAAGAGAAAAAAUUUCCUGGGAGGGAGGUUUCCCACAAGCCAAAUCUCUCUCUUAAGCCUCAAAUGCUAGCACUUUCUGGCAGUUGGAUAGGAAAUUAAACAUUCUUUGGCAGCCAAAAUAAGAGAGGCCGAUGGUGAAACUUUUUGAGACACCCUAUGGCCUUCUUGUCAAAACCUUCACUGGAGCUCAAGAAAAGCAUUUCUGUUGUGUUAUUUGCAGUGCAGAUGAUGUCUGUGUAACAACAUAAUGGUUAUUCACCUUUUUUGAUUUUGAUUUUUGCUGUGUUAUCAAAAACUUGAAUACUGUGAGAAGAAGUGAAUUUUCAGUUGACGAAUCAGCAUCUUGUUCCCAUGGUGAUAACACUAAUUGAAUAUAUCUAUGAGGGCAUGUAUUAGUUAAUGGAAAAAAAAUACAACACUAACAAUACAUAGCUGCAAUGUGUACAAUGGCUGAUUUAAUUAAAUAAAAUGUACAAGUGUUAAAUGUG